AUGUCAUCCACUGAAGUGCUGGCCAUCUUUGGAGGAUUUACUGUUGUUUUCCACCUGCUGAAUCUGGCCUGGAAAUGUUGGUGUGGAUUCAGACAAUUUGUUUUGUCGGAGCUUUGGCAUGUUGAUUUGAGAACAUAUGGACAAUGGGCAGUGGUUACUGGUGCCACAUCUGGCAUUGGUAAAGCUUAUGCCAGUGAGCUGGCACGAAGAGGCCUGGAUGUUGUUUUGGUAAGCAGAUCUGAUGAUAAGCUUCAAAUGAUUGCCAAAGAGAUAGAAGAUCAAUAUGGACGAAAGACUCGUACCAUCCAAGUGGACUUCACAGAUGGUCAAAGUAUCUACCCUGCUAUAGCUGAAGAACUACAGGGACUGGAGAUUGGGAUUCUGGUUAACAAUGUAGGAAUGGCCUAUUCUGAUCAUUUUGCCUAUUUCCUGGAAAUACCAGAUGUUGAACAGAAAAUCACUCAGGUUGUCAACUGUAACAUGCUGUCAGUCCCUCAGAUGACCAGACUGGUUCUUCCAGGCAUGGUUGAAAGAGGGACAGGGCUGAUCAUCAAUAUCUCCUCUGAAGCCGGCGUCCGUCCACAGCCUUUGUUGUCUCUUUAUUCCGCCACGAAGAUUUUUGUAACAUAUUUCUCUCAGUGUCUGCAUGCUGAGUACAAGUCAAAGGGAAUAAUUGUUCAGUGUGUGGCCCCCUUCAUGGUGUCCACCAACAUGACGAAAAACGUGAAUGUCAACCGCUUUGCGAAGAGUGCUUCCAGGUUCGCGAGUGAGGCCUUGAACACUGUGGGUCACUCCAGCUACACCAGCGGCUGUCUGUCUCACGCACUCCAGGGCAUGGCUCUUGCAAUACUCCUGCCGGACUGGUUUCGUAUGUCACCAUUCCUCAUAAGAAAGCUACGAAAUGUCGCAGAAGACAGCAAAUAUUAUAUAAGAGUGUGCAAGGAAAAGGAGAAGCUUGGAGAAAAGGAAGAGUAG